UCUGAGUUCAGGGCUUUCAGUCAACGCAAACUUUUACAUCAGCGCAUCACCAUGUUUCGUCUCUUCCUCCUCUGCGCGUUGGCAGCGCUCUCUGCCGCCAAGUACACAAAACUUGAGCUUGACAGUUGCGGUGGCGAUGGUAUCCGCAUAAACGAAGUGGACGUCUCCCCGAUGCCAGUGAAGUUCCCAGGCAGACUGAACGUUCUGAUUGACGCGGACCUGACCAGGCCCUUGAACGACAAGGUUAAGGUGAAAGUGUCAAUGUGGAGCAAGACGUGGCUCGGUUGGAUAAAGAACCUCUUAUGCAUUAAGAAUGUCGGUUCAUGCACUUAUGACUUGUGCGAACUCCUCGAAAGCCAAGGAGGCACCUGUCCAAAAGAGGUCACAGACCUUGGCUUGUCUUGCACCUGCCCCUUCAAGUCAACUCAUGUGAGAUACGCCUUGAACAACAUUGAGUUGCCACCAAUCCCUAGCGCACUUAAGAUCUUUGCUGAUGGUGACUUCUGGAUCAAAGCUGAAGUCUUCGAUUCGGGCAAGCUGGUAUCCUGCUUCGAUGUCAAGCUAACCAUUGAAUCGUAGAUGUUUUCCCUGUUCACGUAGCCUUGAUACGAUGUAUUUUUGUGGACAUAAUAAAACCUUUCAUUCAAUUACAA